CCUCUUCUAGUUAUUUCUUUCUUCUCUUUUGGGUAAAAUCAUUUCACUGUUUCAGAGCGCGAUCGCUGGUUUCUUGCUGUGUUGACGAUGGCUUUUCAUUUCCCUCUACUCCAUCUCUUCUUUCUCGUCGGCUUUGUAUCAGCGGAGCUAAUCCUUGAAGAUGGAUACACCGUCAUCACUGUGAUCGACGGCCACAAGCUACACAUAAAUCCCUACUCAGUCCUCCCUCAGUCAAGAUCGUCCGAUUUGAUAGUCCUUGACUCUUCCAGCAGUACCUUCUACACCGUGUCAUUCCCCAUAUCUGAAGGGAGCUCAGUUAAACGCUUAUCGGGAGAUGGCAUUGCGGGUCAUGUGGACGGGAAAUCGGGUCAUGCCCGGUUUAAUAAGCCCCGGAGCUUCUCUGUGGAUGCUAGAGGGAACGUGUACGUUGCUGAUCCGAAAAACCAUGCAAUACGCAAGAUUAGCAUCUCAGGUACUGUGACUACAAUUGCUGGAGGGUAUUCGAACAAAACCGGUUCUGGUGAUGGACCUGCGCAAAAUGCAUCCUUCUCUGAUAAUUUCGAGAUCAUUUUCGUUCCUGAAAGAUGUGUUUUGCUUAUCUCGGAUCAUGGGAAUCAACUGAUUCGGCAGAUUGAUCUGAAGGUGGAUGAUUGCACGAGAAGUUCUCCCUCUGCUCUCGGGGCAGCUUCAGUCUGGUUUUUGGGACUGGCACUUUCUUGUUUACUUGGCAUGGCCAUUGGGGUCGCUGUUCGUCCUUAUAUAAUUCCUCAUGAGGGCUCCAGGGUCCUCAGUUUCAGCAAGACAUGGAAGCAUUGCCUAAUCAAUCUGGGGAAGCAAGUACUGAUGCAUUGCUCCGACAUCAGAAGCGCAGUUGUUAAAUCAAUGGUUUAUACAAUCUUGAGGCAGCUUUUUUGGUUGUGCCUAUCUCAUCUAUCACUCAUGGUUACGGUCAACAGUGUGAAUUCUAAAAUUUUACCACCCCAGCACUUGGUAUCAUUACUUGACUCGGAUGACUUAAUGAACUGUGAGGUGAAAUCGUCAGAGGUGAUGUCUGAUCAGUUAAAGGAUUUACUAAGUUUAGAUUAUAACCAGGUUGUAUCAAAUGUAAGUAAUGAAAUAAUCACGGGAGGAGAUACAGAACAACAGGAGAGUAAUGUUUUGGCGAGCGACCAGAGAAGGAUAGAUCGAAUUAUAAUGGCCAAUAUCAAUGGGUUAUCAAAGACGGCUUCUCCAGCUGGAUCUGUAUUUGGCACUUCUGAUUUACUCAAGAGGAAAUGAAACUAACUAGAAAGGCACGUCUAUUUUGCAUAUUAAGGCAUGUAGCUUCUUUUUUUGUGUCCUUUUGGUCAGGGAAUCAGUAAAAUCCUAAACAUGGUUCUGAACUCCUACGUAGUAAAUAUAAUGUACUUGCUCUUGGUAUG